ACCGCAGUGGCUGAGCUGCUGACAGGAGGCGGUGGCCGAGGAGGAGGCGAGGCCAGACUUGCGGCUCUGCCCCGCUACAGCCGCUGUAGUGCUAGGCGAGCCCACGGAGCCACGCGGGCCUUAACCCGCCAGCGAACCUUCCGCCCCGCUCCCACCCGUCGAUCUGCUCGGCCGCCUGCCCUCCCUACUCGUCCGGGGCGGCCUAGUCUGCACCACCCAACCGGCUCCUGGGGCCGCCGCCCCGCGCGGUACUGUUGGCGUCCCUGGCCGCGCCCGGCCCUGGGCCCGCUCGCUCGCCGGCACCAUGAUGGAGGAGAUCGACCGGUUCCAGGUGCCCACCGCGCACUCGGAGAUGCAGCCACUGGACCCAGCCGCCGCCUCCAUCUCAGACGGAGACUGUGAUGCCCGGGAGGGUGAGUCAGUAGCCAUGAAUUACAAACCAUCCCCGCUCCAAGCGAAGCUGGAGAAGCAACGGGAACUGGCCCGGAAGGGCUCCCUGAAGAAUGGCAGUAUGGGUAGCCCUGUCAUCCAGCAACCCAAGAAGAACAAUGUCAUGGCUCGGACAAGGCUGGUCGUUCCCAAUAAAGGCUAUUCUUCGCUUGACCAGAGCCCAGACGAGAAGCCACUGGUAGCCCUUGACACUGACAGCGAUGAUGACUUUGACAUGUCCAGAUAUUCCUCCUCUGGCUACUCCUCUGCUGAGCAGAUCAACCAAGAUUUGAACAUCCAGCUGCUGAAGGAUGGCUACCGGUUAGACGAGAUCCCAGAUGAUGAGGACCUGGACCUCAUUCCCCCCAAAUCCGUGAACCCUACCUGCAUGUGCUGCCAGGCCACGUCCUCCACUGCCUGCCACAUUCAGUAGCGGGUGGGGCCCCGCAGCCAAUGGAGCUGGGCCACUGCGGGCCAGGUUAGACUGGGCAGGGGCUGACCCCUCCCCAGUUCUUCUGCCUGCCUCCUGGCCCUGCGUCCCCUACAGCCGCCAACCUCGUAAAAGUCAUUGCUUCCUCCUAUGGUAGGACGUGUACCUCCGUGUGUUCAUGGAGCCGGAGAAACCAAAACCGGGUCUCUCUCCACCCCAGGGGCUGAGGAGGGGAAGGGGCUGUUUGUUCAGUUACUUGGGGGGACUUUGCUCAGCACCUUGUCUCUCUCCCAAAAGGUGUAAUCCAGUGGGGGAGUGGGGAACUGGACAGCAGAGAAGCCAACAGUAAUGUGUGGGGAGGAGGAAUCGCAAAGCCAGGGGCUUGGCCCCACCCCAGCGAAGCCAUGAACCCUCAGCCCAAUAAGGAAAGGGGCUCUGAGGGAGAAAGGCCCCCGGGCAGUGGGGGCAGGGCCCAGCACUUUGGAGCCCCUUUGGCAUCUCCUGCCUGCCCAUGUACCUAUUUGCAUUUCCCCCCUCACCUCCAGAUGGGAAGCCUGGCAAAGUUGCCCACUGGGAUAUUGUCCCCCACCUAUCAGAUCACUGCCUUCUUCCUCCUCUUUGCCCCAUUCACCCCUCCUUCCUUGUUCUCUGAGUUGAGGGUAAGGUGGGCCUUAGAGACAGGCCAGCAUUUGGGAUGGUUGGGAUGGUAUUAUCUGUCCUCACCUGCCCCUAAACAAUGUAUCUCUCUGCCAACUGCUCCCCACCACACACACACAGAGAGAGAGAGAGAGAGAGAGAGAGA